GCUUUUAGUUACCUGUCGUUUGGUUCGCCGAUUGUCACACUGACGUUGAAGAGCACUUUAUACCAGUGGCUGAUAAGCGGGCAUCUAGAAUACUGUCACCUUGAUCGGGGAACAGGGAAGGAAAAUUACUUUUAGGUUGGAACUACGGAUCUAUUGAUGGCAACUCAGCGGUACAGCCUUCCCAGUGAUGACCAUGGCGCGGCAAAUAUACUGGGCAAAGUGUUUCUGGAUGGCCUCUCCCAGAACGAACUGAACGAGGCUUACAACGAUGUUAGUAAAGAUUAUGACCAGAUUUUAUUGGGCAGUGGAUAUAAAGCACCAGAAAGUGCUGCUUGGGCUGUGACCAAACUCUUCCCUGAGGAUGAACGGUCUCAGAAGGUAACUCUGGACAUCGGUGCUGGGACAGGACUAGUGGCAGACGAGAUGUAUAAGAAAGGGUUUAGAAUUUUUGACGCUUUGGAACCGUCACAGGGAAUGCUUGACAUCGCCAAACAGAAGGGGCGGUACAGAAACUACAUCUGUGCAGCACUCGGAGAAGAACCAUUGGAUAUACCAUCAGCAUCAUAUGAUAUCAUCACAGUCGUUGGAAGUCACGGGCCAAAUCACAUCAAAAGCGAGGCUCUAUAUGAACUUAUUCGAUUAACCAAAUCCGGUGGUGUUGUAUGUAUUGUGACUCGAAUGGAACACCUACGCAAUUUAAAGGAAUACAAAGAUUCGUUCUUUCCUCUAUGUGAUCAACUUGAAAAAGACGGGAAAUGGAAAAAAAUCGCAUGUUCAUCGUGUCCUUUUUGGAAUACAGUAGAAGGAGUACAAAUUAUGUACAGAAUAUUUUGAUAUUUCAUACUUAAUGAGUAAUUUGAUUAGACUGCACAUCGAUAUCAAUAAGAGAUCUGAAUCAUCAUAGUGUUUAUAAAUCUUCAGAGAGAGCUAUAUUAUAAUAAAAAGAACGAUGGUCGUA